AUGGCUUCUGCGCGGAAAUCGGUUCUUAUCACUGGGUGCUCUGCUGGCGGAACCGGUGCUGCUUUGGCCGAAGUCUUCCAUGAGAAAGGAUAUCAUGUUUUCGCCACUGCUCGAACACCAUCCAAAGUAUCGCAAUCUUUAUCUAAAUCUGCAAAUGUUACUGUUCUAACCCUUGACGUUUUGUCGUCCGAUUCCAUUGCUGCAGCCGUCAAGAGCGUCAGUGCGGAGACAGGAGGAAAACUCGAUGUUCUUGUCAACAAUAGUGGCACGGGCAUCGUAUUACCAGCUUUGGAUACGUCCAUUGAAGAUGGCAAGAAGUUGUUCGACGUCAAUUUCUGGGCCGUUUUCGCUAUGAUUCAGGCUUUUGCGCCGCUGCUGAAGAGUGCCGGGGGUUACGUUGUGAACAUGGCGUCUGUCAGUGGAGUUGUUCCAAUUGUGUUCAAUAGCUUUUACAACGCUUCCAAAGGAGCUUUGGUCGUUGCUAGUGAGACUUGGCGUUUGGAGCUUGGACCUCUUGGGAUUAAGACCCUCACUCUUAUGACCGCCGCCGUCAAGACUAAUUUCUUCCAAAAUAUUGAUGCCGUCAAAGUACCCGAAAAUUCAUACUAUUCCAGUGUUCGCGAUUUCAUUGAAGGCCUGGGAGAUGGUAAAGCGCAGGAGAACGGGAUAUCCGCACGGGAGUUUGCGACUAAAGUCGUCCGAGAAGUAGAGAAAGGAACGACAGGAAAGUUUUGGGUUGGCGGUGGUGCUGCUGGGGCUCGUUGGGGAUCAUGGCUAUUGCCACAAUGGGCUCUCGAUCGAUUGUUGGAGAGCAUGAAUCCAGUCUCUGGAAGAAUUGCGAAUGAUCACAAAACAAGAAAGGCUUAAAUCAGGAUCUUGUGAACAGGGUUAUGAUAGGAGUGGCCAUCCGAUCAAGAUGUCCAUUUGAAUGCAUUGGUUUUCUUUUAUAAUAGAUAGGAC